UCAGACGCGUUCAUGGAUACGAAAGAAACCUAGCGAGUGGAUUAACUUUGUUGCUUUAUUGAAAAGGUGAAUUACCUAAGGAGUAUAUGUGUGAGUGCUGUGUAAAAUGCAUUUUAAAUUUGCUUUUUGUGCAAGCAGAAUGUAUUGAAUAUAAAGAGAAAUAAUGGAGCUAACUAAGUGAUAUUAAAGUUCAAGUGAAUGCAAAUGUGGUGCACUGUUAUAUCUAUAUACCACAUCUAAAUGUAUAUGGAAUCGAUAUUCAUAACCGAAUAGAAAAGCUGAAUAAUUGAAUUGAAUGUUGGAGUGUAUUUUGAGUUGAAAUAUAUUGGACAUAAUAAACAAUUAUGUCUGCAACUUCUUAGAAAAAUGUUAAAGUGUAGUUUUACCUGAAUCGAUCAAUAUAAAGGAAUAUAAUACGAAAAUGCAAGAAGUGUGUAGUUCUGUAAAUCAAAUUGGAGCUCAAGUGAAGUCAGAAGUUACAAAUCUUGCACCCGUACAUGGAAGUGGUUUAGUUGAAUCGGAUGCUCCAUCAUCACAAUCGCAUUCACCACUUGCACCAACCACUCACUUGAAUAGAAAAUGUGACAAACCUACCAGAACCAUUAAUCAACAAACAGCCGAUUUGGCUUCAAAGACCCAAGUUCAUCCGGAUUCAUCGUAUUGGUUGCAAAAUGAAACUGGAUUUAUUAAUUCUCAACCUUCGAUGGCUGAAUUCUUAACACACAUCGAUACUGAAAGUCCCAAAACGGUUUCCUCAGUAUAUCAACCUGGAUCUAACGACAAUUCUGAUACUGUCCCGGAAUACCCCUGGAUGAAAGAAAAAAAAACGGCUAGAAAAAGUCAAACACAAGCCGAAUUCGUCGCUGAGAACGGUUUACCGAGACGACUAAGAACAGCUUAUACUAAUACACAGCUUCUUGAGCUAGAAAAGGAAUUCCAUUUCAACAAAUAUCUUUGCCGCCCAAGAAGAAUCGAAAUAGCUGCUAGCUUAGAUCUAACUGAACGACAGGUUAAAGUGUGGUUCCAAAACAGGCGCAUGAAACAUAAACGACAAACAUUGUCCAAGACAGAUGAUGAAGAUUCAAGUAAAGACGAUUUAAAAGAUUCCAAUUCAAAAAAAUCAUGUCAGGGUUGUGAGCUACCAUCAGAUGAUAUACCAGAUUCGACAUCAAAUUCAAGAGGAUUGAACAGUAGUACGCCAAAUAAUUCCGUCACUCCAAACUCAACAAUAGAAAUAGGUACUCCUACAGGCAAUGCUGUUAAUGCAGAUUCAAGUGUUCCAUCAUGCGAAAGUAUAGAUGACGACGAAGAUAUGCAUAUCAAAAUCAGAAAAAAACAUGACAUUCCGACACCUUCAAAAAAAGAUGUCUCGAUUACUACAAAAGUAGCUGCUCAUCACACAACACAGGAUAACCAAAAAAACUCAAAUCUCACUAUACCUCAAGUACCGAUCAACGUCAUUACAUCUUCUGAAAAAAAUUUGAAUCCUGAAAUGCAGAAUCAGUACAAUCAGAUAGGAUCUACUCCAAUGAGUAAAACUAAAAUUCAAAAUCACACAGGUUUUGAAAAUGUACCCACGGUCAAUGCAAGUGGUUGUUUCGGUGGAGCACAUAAGCAAGAUUAUUUCAAUAAAGUUGACGUUAGCUAUCAUCAAUAUACUAAAACGUUAUCAUCUCACCAGUAUAUGAGUCACUCUUCUUCCGGUCAUAAACACGAUUUCCCCUCUACUAUAAACGUGAAAAAAUUUUGCAGUCGAUAUCAUACGGAAAGUACAAGAAUACAACAUCAUGAAGGAUAUCCACAAAAUAUCCACGAAAACUUACAUUGUUAUAGCAAUGAAAACCCAGCUGGACAGUCUUCAUUUAACAAUGUACAAUGUUAUCGUAGUAAUUAUGAAGCACAGAAUGAAUUUAACGUCAACUACUGCGAUCAAAAAACACAAGCUUAUUAUUAUGAAGGAACAUCUUAUCACCAUCCCAAUACAGUUGCGCCAACGGUAAUGCAACACUCUAUGGAAUAUCAACCAAAUAACGCUUUUAUGAAUACAGAAAGUUCUGAAAAUAUUAAUUUUCAUCAACCAUAUUAUGAGGCACAUCAAAUACAUAACCCAUAUUAUCAUGAUCCCAAUAGCAGUAAUAGUGGAAACAUAAUAGAGUUGAAUCAUCAGCAGCUUGUGCACGAUUCUGUAUACACUACACACAGCAGUGGUUACCCAAUAAGUUAUGGACCAAAUACUGCAAAUAUAGUUAGUAGUAAUGUUAGUUCUAAUGUAACACAUAUGGAAAAUUCGAACUCAUCUUCAGACUUUAAUUUUCUAAGUAACCUAGCAAAUGAUUUUGCUCCGGAAUAUUAUCAAUUAAGUUAAUAUUACAUGUGUCAUAUAAUUAAGAAUAAAAAUAAUGUCGUACGAGAAAACUGGGAAAUAUAUUGCUUCUUUGAAUAAUAAGCUCAUAGUCACCGCUACUGGUUUAUGUUGCUAAUUUUAUGUUGAACUGGUUAUUGAUCGCUCUCAUGCACGAGGAUUGAAUAUAAUGUAACAUUGGUUGAUUUUAAGAUACUUAAUUUCAUGUUGAAGAAAUUCCAAAUGUCAAACAACAAUCUUCGUAGACGUUCACAUUAGAAAAACUUGCUUUUAGUCCACCUCGUGGUGUAAUGAUGCCUUUUGUCGUGAAUACGACUCACUCUACUAUGGGGCGCAAUGAGCAAUGAUUGUAUCAGUAGUCGUGUUAUCAGUCG